CCCACCUGCCCACCAAGCCUGUUUGAAACCUGAGUAUGCGAGAAUCAAUCAAUCCUUCCCUCUAUUCCAUCUUCUAAUUUCUUCGCAUACCUUUCGCAACCACUCUACCACCCUCUCUCUACCUUACAACCUUACAACCUUACAAAGUCCUGCACACCUGCAGCCGUCCAUCCAUUCAUUCACUCACUCAUCCACUCAUCGCUCUUUAAUCCUAUUAGUUCCCCUCUCCUCACUAACGGACGGGCGCUUCCUAAUUCAAGUUUGGUCUGGUAAUCUCAACAGUGCAGCGCAUUCGAGACAUUGACCUCCCGCGCCAAUCCUUUCUCCAUUUUCUGGUCUCUGUCGGCGCGACCUUUUCUAAUCAAGACGACAACUUAGAUGCAAUAAGAUCUACCAAUUCCCACCACAACACUCCCUCGCCCACUUUUCUUCUUACUUCCCCUCCUAUUUUGCAGACAAAUUCGACGAUAUACGAUUGUUCGCAACAAAAUAAACAAACAAUCGUGACAACUCGACUUCUUGUCUAGCAUUAGGUGUCAAUCGUUCCUCACCAAACCUUGACAUCCUUACUUGGGUAUCCUCGUGACUCAACUCAUUGGCAAUCGGGCUCCAUAGAACCACUUUCGACUACCCUUGACUGAGUCGAACUAGAACCACAACAUCGUGGAUCAAUUGGGCAUUCGCAUCCCUUCACCACCAGACCACGUCAGAACUUACAACAAUGGCUACUGCUACUCGUCAACCCUUCGCUCCUCUCGAUGGGGCACGCUUGCAGAAUUUGACAAGUCUGAAGAAUAGACAGAAUGCACUCUCAAUCUCGCCCGGGAAGCGAAAGGCUUCCGACAGCUUGGACACCGACGAUUUCGAGAAUGUAGACCCGCUCCUCUACUCUAAGCGACCCAAGGGCUCUGAUAGCACUGCUAAGGAUUCUGCUCUCAAGCCGUCGGCGUUUAUCCUCACCAAGUCGGCCAGCACCAAUGAUAUCCCCGCCAUCCCUGCUAUCACUCGAGCCAAGUCACCUGUGUCGCGCCCACGAUCGAUGCUCAAUCCCAAGUCGCCUGUUGCUAAGAUCAACACCGGCGUAGCUAAGAGCUCGCCCCUCUCAGCACCUGCUGGCCGAUCACCUACUCGCGGCAAGAAGACCGGAAUUCUAUCAUCUCGACGACGCACUGGACGCGGGUUCGCUAGAGUCGAUCCCCCUGCUUUUGACCUGUCGAAGAAGUCAGCGGCGCCGUUUUCUCUGGAUGCAGCUCUUAGAGGGACGCUCUCAGGUUACGGCGGUCGCAAUGCGUCACCUGCUGUGAAGUCCUUGUUAUCCAAUUCUCUAGACUUUAGUGGCAGUCUUGAAGAAGGUGACAUGAAGUCGUCCUGGUUCUUCGACAUUCACGAAGACACUCCGGAACAGGAGAUGACCAAUCUGCUACAGCAUAGCACCUGUGUUCUUGACAUCAGCUCAGACGAGGAGAACGAGAGCCGUCGCCAACGAGAGCGAGCCGAGGGCAAGGAGAACGUGCCUCCGAUGGACGAUGUAUCUCAGACGUCACGACCGCGUGCAGUCCGACAGAUGUCGGAAGAUGAGAUGGUAUUUGAGAAGGAGCGCAACCCAUUGGGUGAGAUGAACGUUCGCGAUUAUUACUCAGAAGGUUGUGAUGAGAAUUCUAUCAUCAUCGUCCCCGGUGACGAUGAAGAGGAUAGCCAGCCUCAGCAAGCACAAGGUGACCUCGAAUACGCUUCUGAUAAGUCGGCCGAACCCGAUGUCCCCGCGGAGCUUAUCAACGAAGACGGAGUGCAAUCGGUCGACGAGUUAAUGCAGAAAACGGAUGAGCCUGCACCCGGCGCAGCAGUUCUCGAGCCAAUGGAAGGCACUGGUGAAAGCUUUGAGGUGUGGGAGAGCGGAAGUGCUAAAGACGAAGCUGAGAUGGCAACAACUGAGGUGGCACAAGGUGCGGAAUGCUAAUGAGGACGAGUCUAAUUUUCCGCGUGCUUCUGUAUUUGGACUGAUGGGUAUAUUUCAGUCGCCUAAUGCCUAGGUACUAUAGGCUCGGGAGGCGAUAUCACUGGCGUUUAAGGGGGCGAUGGUAAUAGCAGGGUUUGGGCGGGCUGGUUGCGUUGGUAUGGCAUUUGUUUUACAUUGUAAGAGUCUUGUACAUAUGUUGAUUUUCCUCUGGAGCUUACACUUGCAUUGAGAUACUUCAAUGCUGGCUCUAACCGUUGCUUUACGCCUAUCCCAUCGAGAACCAGAGGACGAGGCGGCGAGUGAUAUAUGGUACAACUCAAUAACAAAACCUGUAC